AUGCAGAAGCAGCUUUAAAGGGGUGGUGUUUGGAAAAUCAUGCCUUUUUGCCACUCUGGGGUCAGUCACCUGUCAUCACUGUCAGUUGAGCGAGUGCCUGCAGGAGCUGUCUGGGACUUAAACAGCAAAGCUACCCCUGAUUGCAGAGUGGCAGAGGUGUAUGGAGCCAAAGGAGCAAACGAACAGCCAGGAGCAGAAGGCCUACUGGCAGGAGAUGGGGCGAUGGACAGGACACGAGGAAAGCUUUGACCCGCAGGCAGGGGUGUGGGCAUCCUCACACAUCUCCUACCUCACCUUCAAGAGCCUCAUCCAGCUCCGACGAACCAUGAACACUGGUGUGUCAAUUUUCGACUGUGAGGAGAAAACUCUUGCCACCAUAGCUGAGAAGAUGGUAAAUGAGAUGGUUAAAAAGAAGGAGAUCAGGUCCGGAGAUCGGGAUGGUGUGCUGAAAUCUCUGCUCCAAAACCGCAGUCAGUCAUCAGACCCAGAGAGCCAACGACUGACUGAUGGGAUGGAGCUGCACAAGUUUUCAGUCAGAGAAAGAAGUGAUGAAUAUGAUCAUGUUGAGGCCUCCAUGGUGCUUGUAGGAGCCUUGGACUUUCUGGAGAAGCCUACAGUUGUUUUUGUGCGUCUUAAAGAAGCAGCAGUGCUCGACUCAGCCUUGGAGGCGCCAGAGCCGGUGCGCUUCGUCUUUGUUCUUAUUGGCCCCAGCACAGCUGACAUGGACUACCAAGAGACUGGCCGUGCUAUGGCAGCUCUAAUGGCUGAUAAAGUGUUUAAUCAGGCAGCAAUUAAUGUAAAAAGUGCCAGUAAGCUGACAGACGCCAUGGUGGACUUCAUGGACUGCAGCAUUGUCAUCCCACCCACCGAGAUCAAGAAUGAAGCAAUGCUAAGCUCCAUAAUCAGCUUUCAGAAGAAAAUACUGCAGGACAGAAUUCAAUCAUCUGACCUCAAGCUUCGCCGGGACUCCAAAACCCGCAGGGUUUCAAUUGCUAGCGGGCCUCCUCCUGAAGAUCCGCUAUCUCGCACUGGUCGACCAUUUGGUGGGAUGAUUCGAGACAUGAAGAGACGCUUCCAGUAUUACAAGAGUGACAUCACAGAUGCCCUGAAUGCCCAGGUCCUUGCUGCCAUAAUUUUCAUCUACUUUGCUGCCCUGUCUCCUGCCAUCACCUUUGGAGGCUUGCUGGCUGACAAAGUGGACGGCAUGAUGGGCGUUCCAGAGCUCCUCAUUUCUACCAGCAUCCAGGGGAUUAUCUUCUGUUUCAUUGCUGCUCAACCUGUCCUGGUUAUUGGUUUUUCUGGUCCUCUUUUGGUGUUUGAGGAAGCCUUUUUUGCUUUCUGCAAGUCUCAGGACAUUGAGUAUAUUGUUGGGAGGGUGUGGGUGGGGCUCUGGCUGGUCAUCAUUGUGGUGAUCAUUGUGGCCUUUGAGGGCAGCUUCCUCGUGCGCUUCAUCUCACGCUUCACCCAAGAGAUCUUCUCCAUCCUCAUCUCCAUCAUAUUCAUCUAUGAAACAUUUGCCAAGUUGGGGAGGAUCUUCAGGGCCCAUCCACUGAUUUUGAAUUACGAUCGACUGAAUGCAUCUAUUGAAAAUCCCUGGCACCCAAAGGUGGAAGAGACCAUUAUCUAUGACAAUGCCACUGGGAACACAAGUGUUACCAUCAACACUAUAAAACCACCUUACCCCAACACAGCCCUGCUCUCCAUGUGCCUCAUGUUUGGCUGUUUCUUUAUUGCUUACUUCUUGCGCCAGUUCAAGAAUGGAACAUUUCUUCCCGGAAAGGUCAGGCGCCUGAUUGGUGACUUUGGCGUGCCUAUUGCUAUUUUCCUGAUGAUUGUUGUGGACUACAACAUUGAAGAUACCUACACUCAGAAACUGGUCGUUCCUAAAGGUCUCAUGGUGUCCAAUCCAGCAAAGAGAGGCUGGCUCAUCAAUCCCUUUGGAGAACACAAGUCUUUUCCUGUUUGGCUGAUGUUUGCAUCCUGCAUCCCAGCCUUGCUUGUCUUCAUUCUUAUCUUUCUGGAAUCACAGAUCACAACUCUGAUCAUCAGUAAACCUGAGAGGAAGAUGGUCAAAGGUUCCGGUUUCCACUAUGACUUGCUGGUUUUAGUCGGAAUGGGAGGGCUUGGUGCAAUAUUUGGAGUGCCAUGGCUCAGUGCUGCCACAGUGCGAAGUGUCACCCACGCCAACGCCCUAACCGUUAUGAGCAAAGGACCAAAACCUGUGAUAGAGAAAGUGAUAGAGCAGAGGGUUAGUGGCAUUGUGGUAGCUUUACUUGUUGGUCUGUCAAUUCUGAUGGAGCCGAUCCUAAAGCUGAUUCCCAUGUCAGCUUUGUUUGGGAUUUUCCUCUACAUGGGAGUAACAUCACUGAACGGUAUUCAGCUGUGGGAUAGAACGCUGCUUCUUCUCAUCCCUAAGAAAUAUCACCCUGAUGAACCCUAUGUCACAAGAGUGAGCACAGGACGCAUGCACGUGUUUACGAUCAUCCAGAUAGUGUGUCUUGCAGUUUUGUGGAUGGUGAAGUCCAGUCCAAUAUCCCUUGCGCUCCCUUUCGUUCUCAUCCUCACCAUCCCCCUGCGCAUGUUAAUGACUGGCCGACUCUUCACUGAAAUGGAGAUGAAAUGUUUGGAUGCUGAUGAUGCCAAAGUGACAUUUGAGGAGGAGCCUGGGCAGGAUGUAUACUGUGAAACUCAGAUGCCAUUGUAGACAUUUUCCAUGACAGCUGAUGGCACUUUUUAAUGUCAACAAAAAUAUAUUUAUUUUAUCAAAGGCUCACAUUAAUGUCCAUUUUACAAAUGAACACAAACAUGUUUAAAUUAUUUUUGUUUUGUUGUGAAAAAUGCAGAUACAGAGUCUGCUAAUUCAGAGUGAAAAUGGGUAGUGUUAACAUCUUGUUGGAUGGUGUCUAAUUCAAACAUCUAUGGAUAAAGGUCAACUGUCCCUCAGGUAAAUCCUUUGUGUUCCUGAAGCUGGACUUUUUCUGACAUAUAUAUUUUUACAAAAAAAAAGUAUACAUAAAAAACACAGUUGCUAUUUAAAGUAAACAAAUGAGGAGGGACUCAUAUAGUUCAUGUAAGCACAAGAUGGAAAGCUUGAGUAGUGAAUGGAAAAUAGCAUCCUAAUAUUAAAAGCCAUUUUUUCCAUGCAAUCCCAAGCUGGAUGUUAUGUAUGAAGUGCCAUUGAAGUUAUUGUUGUACCGACUUACUUGUGGUCACAAUGUAAUUCUGAAUAAAGAAUUAUGGGAUUUAUAAGGCAA